AUGGACAGCAACCAGAAGGCUUACACAUCUGGAAAGAAGCUAUGGGAUGUCCCCGUACCUCAGGAGGAGCCGGCCAGCCCAGGAAAGCUACAGUGGGAGCCCCAGUGCCAGUAUCAGCUGCGCCACCUACAGGACGGUGCCAGAAUUUCAGCUCUUUUGCCUCCCCGCUUGGAAGGUCACUGGAUUUCAACAGGGUGUGAGGUUCGGCCAGGACCAGAAUUCCUCACCCGUUCCUAUAUAUUCUAUGCCAACCGCCUCUUCAAAGCCUAUCAGUUCUACUAUCGAGACCCUUCAUGCCGGGACCCCACCUACUCCCUAGUCAUCAAAGGCAAAAUCCGGCUCCGCCAGGCCUCCUGGAUCACCCGUGGUGCUACGGAAGCCGACUACCACCUUCACAAAGUUGGCAUCGUCUUCCACAGCCAACGGGCCAUGCAGGAAACGGUUGCCCGUAUCAACCAGACGUCGGGAGAGCAGUGCAGUGGAUUCUUGUCACCUGGGCGGACAUGGACACCAGGUGCCCUCUAUGAGCUUCUGAGUGCCAAAGCAGAGCGGGAUUGCACAGCCGGUCUGGGAUUUGCCAUGCACGAACUGAGCCUGGUACGGGUGGAGAAGUACGAGCAGCCCUUGCUGCUCCAGAAAAACCAGGGCAGCAGGGACGUGGAGGAGCUGUACCUGGGGGACAUCCACACAGAGUGGUCAGAGAGGCUCCAUUAUCGGCCAACAGGAUACCAGCGCCCCCUGCAGAAUGCCAUGCACCACAUCCACCCUUGCCCUGCCUGUGGGAUGGUAUAUAGAGCGGAUGAACAUCACCCACCCAUACUGCCAGUCAGGCCUGAGCUCCCAAUGCUGCUAAGUGGGCGCUGGGUGAGUUCUCGGUGCGAGGUGCGGCCUGCGGUGCUUUUCCUCACGAGGUACUUCACCUUCCACGGUAGCAACCGCACCUGGGAAGGGUACUAUUAUCACUACUCUGACCCUCUCUGCAAACAACCAACUUUCACUGUGUAUGCCUCAGGCCACUACACCGAGGGAGGCCCGUCCCUCAUCGUGAGAGGAGGCACGGAGCUUGUCUUCAAGGUGACCUACGCUCGGGUUACGCCAAUGGAUCAGGUGACCGUAGCCACGCUGAACUCCUCCGACUUCGGAAGCUGUGGGGAGCCCGGCUCUUGGAGCGUUGGGAGAGAGUUGGAUGUGACUCAUACGAACGGAUGCGCGGCCUUGGGCAUCAGACUCCCCCACACCGAGUACGAACUCUUCAAAAUCGAGCAGGACGCGAAAGACCGUAACUUGCUGUUCAUCGGUGAGAGGCCGACGGACGGAUCCAGCCCCAACACACCCAGCAAGCGGCCCACCUCUUACCAGUCAGCGCUCACCCAGUGUGCUGGGCCCUCAGGCACUUUUUUGAGACACAUUAAGCCAAACUACCUGGGAAGAUUAGAUGACUACCUUAACAGCGGAGCGCUAAAGCUGCGGCCCGGAGCAUUUUUACUAGCAUUUGUUGCCCUGUCGCUGGUCAGGUGGGACUAAAACUCUUUGACAUUUUUGGUCAGGAAUCUGACCAGCCUGAAGUGCCCUCUUCAGGACAAGUACAUCUGGAAUCAGUUUCGUUUUGUGCCUUAACAGUUUUUUGUUCUUUUCUUAAUGAUGAGCCGUGCCCAGAGGGGUGGGGAUUUCCGCCCUCCUCCCCAUUCAUAUGUGCCUAGGUAUGGACAUGCAACUCUGAACCAGCAUUCACGGUUCCUUAACCAGUUUUAAAAAAAACAAACAGGUGACUGUAAUUGUACCAAAUAUACACAUACCUUGCCUGCUCCUUCAGUGCUAGACCUGAGGACAUUUUUUUCCUGCCCCACAGUUAAAAAUAUAUAUUCUAAAAUACCAAGGAACAAUUCUGCUUUCACAAGAUAAUUUACUUUUGGGUUCACUGUGUUCUCAGACGAGCACAUUACCCAGGUGUACACAUAAUCCACAAAGGUACUGUUGGAAAUGGUACUAUGGAAUCCCCUGAUAGUGUAGCUUUCGUAAUAUGCCACGUGUGGGAAUACAGACACAGGAAAUCGUUCUUAAAACCAGAGGAUGUGGCCGAAAAAGAUCACUGUCUCCCAGCCCCAUUUGGUGAGCACCCGACUACUGUUUCUGGAAAACAUUCAUUUAUUUUAACCAGCUUAUAUUAUUCCUGGGGGCAGCAAGAGUGUUAGGCUUCACAAAUUUUGGUCGGCAUCAAGAAGGCAGAACACUCUUUGACUUUAGGAUACCGAAAAACGAACAGCCUGGUGCUGUGGUAAUAAUAUUCCCGAGUCUCCAUACUGUGAUUCAGAGAACUGGGGAAAUGCUGCAGACUCUUAGGUAGUCUCCCCUUCCUACUUUGG